GUGGAGGACUUUUUGGAGGCUCUACAACGGCACAACAGCCAGCUGCAGGUGGCGGUCUUUUUGGGAGUACGACGCAACAACCAGCUGCAGGUGGAGGUCUCUUUGGGAGCACGCAACAGCCAGCUGCGGGUGGCGGCGGUCUUUUUGGAGGCUCUACAACCACGCAACAGCCAGCUACAGGUGGGGGCAUGUUCGGCAGUACGUCCACAACCCAGCAACCAGCUGCGGGUGGGGGUGGUCUUUUCGGCAGGACGACGAGCUCACAGCCAGCUCCGGCUGGCGGUCUUUUUGGGAGCACAACGACCACCACUCAACCCAGCGGCGGGGGUCUAUUUGGGAACACCCAACCUACCAAUACGAAUACAGGCGGGGGGUUGUUCGGCGGUGGUACGACGACGGCUGGCCAGGGUACAACUGGCGGUGGCGGCUUAUUUGGAGGUAGCCAGGCGAAACCGGGUGGUGGAGGCUUGUUUGGGAGUACGACGACGACGACCGCCCCGACGGGUACUAGCAACUUGUUCGGGGGUGGCCAGCAGCAGCAGCAAUCCAAUUUAUUCGGGGGUAGCACUAACACGAAUCCGCUGUUGGGCGGCGGUAAAAAUUUCUUUGGGGGUAGUACCCUUGGAACCAGCGCUUUUGGCGGCGGGGGGCAGCAGCCACUACAGCCUACUGGGAGCCUUCUUUCGUCUAGAUCGCUUGGAGGGUUGGGAGGAGCGCAGCAAAAUGAUCCUGCGAGUCAGCAUGCGAAUAUCACUGCUAGGUUUGAAGGGAUAUAUAAUGCGUGGAACUCUGCUUCUCCUCAGUGUCGGUUUCAGCACAACUUUUACAAUCUCGUGGAUCCGAACCAAGUCAACUUGUAUGGCCGCCCGCCAAAUGCUACUAAUGACGCCCUUUGGGAAAAGGCAUUGCGAGAAAACCCUGAUCCUUCCUGCAUGGUACCCGUAAUAGCCAUCGGGUUCGACGACCUACGCGAUCGCGUCGAAGCCCAAAACCAACAAUCAACAACCCACACCAAAAAACUAACAGACCUCAAAUCGCGCCUCGAAGCCCUCUCCUCCGCACACGCCAUCCAAAACUCCACCCGCCUCCUCCGCGCAUCCGCAAAACAAACACAGAUCGUGCAUCGAUUGUUGGGCUUCGUGCAGCAUUUGCAUUUGUUGAUUCCGUCGGUUAGGUCGUCGGCGAUCAGGCCGGAGGAGGAGGAGAUGAGGGGUAAGUUGGAGGAGAUUGAGGAUGAGAUUAGGAAGGGACGGGUUAAAGGACGGUUGAAUGAGCUUUGGGCGUUGCUUGGGGCUGUUAAUGCGAGUAUUGAGAGGGGACGAGGGGGAACGGCGGAGUGGGCCGUUGUUGAUGAUGAGGGGUUGGGGCAGAUUGCGCAGAUCCUUUCGGAGCAGCAGGCGGGGCUGGCGCACCUUACCAAGAUUUUACAAAAGUGCCAGAGAGAUUUGGCAGUUAUUAUGGGGACUGCGGCACCUGGUGCUGGUGGUGCUGGUGGUGGGAUGAAUGGAGAUGAGGGGGUUGAGGGGGAGAAGCUUUGGAGUAAUCUUUGGAGUUCGACGAAUACCUUGCGGGAGAAUGUAUAUGCUGAGUGUGCAUUCCCUCGUCCUUCGUCCGAGCGCGUGAGUCCGAAGUGGAGCAUUUUUCGUGCUGUCGAUCAAUUUGAACUUUGA